AUGGCUGCUUCAUCAUCUCACGCAGGCAGAAACGACCAAAUUGUCGCCCUUACCAGCCUGCUCGGCCAGUCCUCUCAACCCCUUCCACCAUCGGUCCUCCUCCACGACGCCUGCAGCCCCAACACAACCGCUCGACUCGUCACGGACAUCCUCACCUCCCUAUCGCACGCCUCCGAGGAUUCACCUUUGCUCUACUGUAGCGUCUCCCCCUUGACAUCGAUCAACCCGACCACGCUCUUUCGCAACAUACUCUCCUCGCUCGAAGCGCAGGUACCUCAGCCCACCACAGCCAGCAGCUCCACUGCAAAGCACCGGCGCGCCGAGCCCUCACUCGACUACUUCCUCUGGCGCCUCUCUACGCUCCUCGCCUCCACACCCAGUCGCAUCGUCCUCGUCAUCAAAGAUGCAGAACGAAUCCGAGACCUGUGGCCGGAACACAUAUGGACGUCCCUCCCUCGGCUGUCCCACCUCGCUUCGACUCCCGGUCGAAUCUGCACGGUCUUCGUCUCGACGCUUUCCUGGGCGCAGUAUCGCACGCCUUCGGGGGUGACCAUCUCCCACCAGCCGAUCACGAUUCGAUUCCCGCGCCUGACCAGGGGGGAUAUAUUGGACAUCCUCGCGCUGGACUUCCCUCACCUCUGGGCGUCGUACAGCUCGACGGUGGGGUCGGCACAGAUGCAUGCCGGCACAUCACCCGCGCUGUGCACCCGAUCCACCACGUCCAAACUUCGCACCACAGGCUCGGGCGCCGAGGUGACCCAGGAAGCCCUGCGCGCACUGCACGACCAGUUCUGCGGUGUGUUUUACGAUAGCGUUCGGGCCAACGUGCGUGAUGUCGAGGAGGUCAGGACCAUGUGUGCUGCUGUGUGGCAUAGCUUUGUUGUGCCGGUGCAGACGAGGGAAUGCAGCGUGGGAGAGAUUCAACCAUUGCUGUUGGCUGCGGGGGGGUUGUUUCGGGAUGUACUGGUGAGGUUGCAGACCAGGGAGGUGGGACCGAGGGAGUGGACGCAGCAAGCGAGGAUCAGCAGUAUUCAGGCGAGCGCAGCAAGACUUUCCAGCACCACCGGAGAUGCGACGGAGGAAGAUGUGGAGAUGGUCGAUGAAGCGAGACGGUUUGAUGAGGAGGAGUGGCUUGCACGCGAAACUCAGACGCUUGCCCGACUGCGCGAUGCGUCCAGCCAGGCAAGUAUUGCGCUCCUCCCCUCGCUCGCGCUCAUCCCGACCUUCCUCGUCAUUGCCAGCUUUCUUGCCUCGUAUAACCCGUCCCGGCUCGACGUGCGCUAUUUCUUGCGGGACGACUCGUUGCUCAGUCUCUCGUCCGGUUCUGCCAAGGGCAAAUCUCUCAAAGGCGGACGCAAGCUCGGGCCGGGUCGUGGACGGGCAGGGGGGCGAAAAGGUCGCCCAUCAAAAUCGGCUCUGCGCGUAACGACCGAUGGUCAGACGGAAAACCUCAAUCGACAGCAGCUGUUGGGUCCGAAACCGUUCCCGAUCGACCGGUUGUUAGCGAUCUUCCAGGCGCUGGUGACGGAGGCUGCGCCCGAGAUGUCGUUGGUCUACGCAGGAAUGGCUGAGGACGGCCCGGUGGAGAGGUCGGGUUUGUGGGAGUACAGGGGGAAGACGUUGAGCGUUUAUUCGCAGAUCAACGGGUUGGUCAGCAGGAGGAUGCUGGUCAGGACGAGUGCGCAGGAUAAGUUGGGGACGAGUAUCAACUUUAGGACGAAUGUAGGGUAUGGGGUGGUCAGUGUGUUGGCUAAGAGGGUAAGGUUUGAGCUGGACGAGUGGUUGUGGGAUUGGGGUGCGGGGGGAAGCAAUGGCUUGUGA